GUUGAGAAAAAUUCCUUUCUAGUUUGAUCAAUCCUUGUUUUCCUCGGCAGAGCCGAGGCGCCCGCCCAGCUCGGAGACGGAGAGCGGGGUCUCCUCGCGGCGGGGGCGCCGGGCGCCGGGCCUCCCGGGAGCGCAGAAGUAGCGACGAGGGGGUCAGGCCGGAGCACCGCCGGGGCUUCUCCUCCUCCCUUUCUGGUUGGCUUUUUUUUCCACUUCUCUCCCUCCCCCUUCCGUUUCUAUUUGUGAAGGGAGGAGGAAGGCAGAGGCGGGCUGGUGUCUCUGGCCGGGGACUGGAAUUUCAUCUGAAUGACUGCCCCUGCGCGCACGCAGCGCCCCGGAGUCGGCCAGCCUGCGCCCCGCAGCCCCAACCCGCUCACAGCGGGCCAGCCGGGGGGCGCCCGCGCCAGGGCCCAGGGACCGCCGGCUCGCCUCGCCCGCCCAGUCCGGAUCUAGCCACCCUCGGCGCGGCCGCUCUCGCUUCCCCCGCCUCUUGGACCCCGGACGCGGCAAAGGAGGCGCGGCGCCGGCGAGCCCGGAGGGAGCCACCAUUGCCGCCGCCGUCGCCAGAGGAAGUGUGCGGCUCCGGGGCUCUGUCCGCUGUGGGGCGCGCCCCAAUGUCAGCCGCCGGGCCGAGCGCAGGCCGCGGGCCGCCGCUGCCCUAGCCGCGCCGACUGGGAAGCGGCCUUUUAUAUGGAAUUUGGACUCCGGCGCUCCCCUCCAGGGCUGGUGCCCCGGCCGGGGCCCUGGCGCAGGCCGCCGCCUCCCGCUAGGCGCUCGGGAGGAGGAGGAGACGCUGCCGGCUGCGCGAGCGGCGUGAGGACCGAGGCUUCCUCCUCUGGGGGGCGGGCGCGCGGAAGGCGCUGGUGACUGAGCGACUGUCGGGGCCGUCUGGGGCCAGAGCGCCUGGCUCCGUGGCCUACAACUGCACCGGACGGACCCCCAGGAUUGGGCAGUCGGGGAGGCCGGCCCCGGCCCCCUGCCCUUGGCCGUCAUGGCGGAGAAUUGGAAGAACUGCUUCGAGGAGGAGCUCAUCUGCCCCAUCUGCCUGCAUGUCUUCGUGGAGCCAGUGCAAUUGCCGUGCAAACACAACUUCUGCCGGGGCUGCAUUGGCGAGGCGUGGGCCAAGGACAGCGGCCUAGUGCGCUGCCCUGAGUGCAACCAGGCCUACAACCAGAAGCCAGGCCUGGAGAAGAACCUGAAGCUCACCAACAUCGUGGAGAAGUUCAACGCCCUGCACGUGGAGAAGCCGCCGACGGCACUGCACUGCGUGUUCUGCCGCCGCGGCCCCCCGCUGCCCGCGCAGAAGGUCUGCCUGCGCUGCGAGGCGCCCUGCUGCCAGUCCCACGUGCAGACGCACCUGCAGCAGCCCUCCACCGCCCGCGGGCACCUCCUGGUGGAGGCGGACGACGUGCGGGCCUGGAGCUGCCCGCAGCACAACGCCUACCGCCUCUAUCACUGCGAGGCCGAGCAGGUGGCCGUGUGCCAGUACUGCUGCUACUACAGCGGUGCGCAUCAGGGACACUCGGUGUGCGACGUGGAGAUCCGGAGGAAUGAGAUCCGGAAGAUGCUGAUGAAGCAACAGGACCGGCUGGAGGAGAGAGAGCAGGACAUUGAGGACCAGCUGUACAAACUCGAGUCAGACAAGCGCCUGGUAGAGGAGAAGGUGAGCCAGCUGAAGGAGGAAGUGCGGCUGCAGUAUGAGAAGCUGCACCAGCUGCUGGAUGAGGACCUGCGGCAGACGGUGGAGGUCUUGGACAAGGCCCAAGCCAAGUUCUGCAGCGAGAAUGCAGCGCAGGCGCUGCACCUUGGGGAGCGUAUGCAAGAGGCCAAAAAGCUGCUGGGCUCCCUGCAGCUGCUCUUUGACAAGACGGAGGAUGUCAGCUUCAUGAAGAACACCAAGUCUGUGAAAAUCCUAAUGGACAGGACCCAGACCUGCACGGGCAGCAGCCUUUCUCCCCCUAAGAUCGGCCAUCUGAACUCCAAGCUCUUCCUGAACGAGGUGGCCAAGAAGGAGAAGCAACUUCGGAAGAUGCUAGAAGGCCCCUUCAGCACGCCGGUGCCCUUCCUGCAGAGCGUUCCCCUGUAUCCCUGUGGCGUGAGCAGCUCGGGGGCGGAGAAGCGCAAGCACUCAACGGCCUUCCCUGAGGCCAGUUUCCUAGAGACGUCAUCCGGCCCGGUGGGCAGCCAGUAUGGGGCAGCAGGCACGGCCAGCGGCGAGGGCCAGUCAGGGCAGCCUCUGGGGCCCUGCAGCUCCACGCAGCACUUGGUGGCCCUGCCGGGCGGCGCCCAACCAGUGCACUCAAGCCCUGUGUUCCCCCCGUCGCAGUACCCCAAUGGCUCUGCUGCCCAACAGCCCAUGCUUCCGCAAUAUGGCGGCCGCAAGAUUCUCGUCUGUUCUGUGGACAACUGUUACUGUUCUUCCGUGGCCAACCAUGGCGGCCACCAGCCCUACCCCCGCUCCGGCCACUUCCCCUGGACAGUGCCCUCACAAGAGUACUCACACCCACUCCCACCCACACCCUCCGUGCCCCAGUCCCUGCCUGGCCUGGCGGUCAGAGACUGGCUCGAUGCCUCCCAGCAACCUGGCCACCAGGAUUUCUACAGGGUGUAUGGGCAGCCGUCCACCAAACACUACGUGACGAGCUAACGCCGCGCGGGCAGCGGGGUACUGGGCAAUGUUACCCCCCAGCCCCAGCAACUCGGGAAUUAUGCAUCCAGAGACCUGCCCUUCUUCCUUCCUGUCCUCUCUCCCUUCUCCUUCAUUCCCCAAGUCUUUUCCUUUGGAUUUUGUUUUGUUUGGGGCUUUGUUUUGAUUUCUUUUUUUAUGACUCCUGGACGAGGAGGUGACAGUGGGAGCUGGCUGGGCUGGGGCCGCAGGUGGCCCUGGAGUUGGGAAAAGCGUCUACCUCAAGGCGCUGAGCUCUCUCUCUCUCUCUCUCUCUCUCUCCCCCUCUUCCUCUCUCUCUCUCUCUCUCCUCCCUCCCUCUCUCUCUCCUUUUUUUUCUCCCACUCCUCCCCAUCCUGUCCCCCUGGCUGGAAGGAGCCUUAGCUUCCCCUAAAGUCGUGGGGAGAAGGGGCAGGGAGUGUCCAGCCCACCUCGCUCAGCCUGGGAGGAGGGACCAGGGCCCAUUGGCCUGCUUCUCCUCUUGGUUUUCUUUGGGCCAGUUUGAUCGAUGACUGAGUAAGGAAUGACCUGUACAUUGUGGGACUUUUUUUUCUUCGAUUUUUUUUAAACCAAGACUUCCUCCUGCUUCUUCUCACCAUCCUCCCAGAUGGAGUUCAAAGGCCACUUCUCAAGCAGCUUUUGGCACCUACAGCCUCAGAGUGGAAUCUUAAAGACAGGAACCCCAUGUCCAGGGAAGGGGAAAAGGAACUUUGCCAAUGAUAGUGACCACAGCAAAAGCAAAUAAUAAUAAUAUUAAUAAUAAUAAAGAGAAAUAAAGAGAAAUAAUAAAAUAAAAAACAGCACAGCCCUUGUUGAGGUCAGCAGGGGAGGGGGCUGGCCCCAUUUGGGUCCUUGCCUGGAUUUUGACACAGCAACUUCCUGUAGUGAGCACUUUGUAUGAAUCGUGAACUUCCUGUUCUCAAGGCGCAGGUAUUUAUUCUGUAAUCUGUCUAGAGCACACACCGAAAUCCAACCUUCUAAUAAAUAUAAUGGCGCAGUCCCACUCCCUGCCUCGCCUCUCAGCCCCAAACCCCCCCAGGCCUGGGGGGCCCUCUAGGGCUUUCCUUACCCUCAUUCUGUCCUGGGUCUAGCUUGUGUCAGGCCUGUGAAUGUCAAUUUGUCAGGCACUAACUACGUCUCCUCUCAGCCUUGGCUUCAAAUGACAAAUAUUUGCUGAGGGCCUCCCAGGCCCAGCCCCCAGCUGCAUGGGCCCUGGCAUCUCUUUGAGGUUCUGCCAACAUGCUCUUAGUGAGGACAGACAAAGAAAAAAAAAUACCUUUCCAUGAGCCUUGCUAAGUUUACUUCCUUCGGUCCGCAAAUAUUUAUUAAGCACCUGCUAAGUGGCAGGCACUGGGCGAGGACACAGAGGCCAACCCUAUCCUCUUGGGAUAUAGUCUAAGUGGGCCUCAGCCCCCACAGGGGUUCCCUCAAUGCCACGCUUCAGUGGUUAGGGGUCUGGCCCACCCCUGCUUGGACAGUGGAAAAGGAACAGGCAGGAGUAGGUAGCACAAUGAAAAAAACAUCCUAUGUCGCCUCUUUGGGAAGUUUCUCAAAAUUUCUAGCAUGUUUGCAGAUUCUUGAGUCUCCCCCCCCCCCCCUUAGACUGGGGAAGUCACCGUGGCCUGGGAAUCUGUAUUUUUAAUUCCCUAAUGAUUUAUAUACAUCAGGGUUUGAGAAAUGGCCUGGCUGGGAUCCUCGUUGCGGAUUCCUGGGGUAGAAGGGGGGCUGGGGUACCCCUAAAGUUCUCUGUUGGAGGGGCGUCAGGUUUGUUGUCUGAUAUCUCAGGUGCAUCUGCUCAUGUCGUGAAGUGGCCCAUGCCCUUCUGCACUAGCAGGAGGGACAUCUGCUGGGAGCCUAUUUCUCACUUGAUUGUGUAGAACCAGGACCUGAAUGCCUCCCCACGCAGGAAACAGGAAGACAGGGAACUGAGGGUAAGUCCUGUGCCAGGGGUCCAGGGUUCACCCAUCCUGAGUCACCUCAGAAAAAUAACGACCCAGAUUUGGAAGUGGUAAGGCCAUGUCUCCUGCUGUUUCAGUUGGCCAAACCAAGAUACAGAAUCUAGGUCCUGCUAAGUGCCUCUCUCCUCCUGUCCUGUGGGAGUAGAAAAUGACUGUGUGCCCAUGCCCUGCGCCUGCAGGGACCCUCGCCCCACUACUCCCCUCCCCCUCUGAAUAGAGCCAGAGCCAGAGGCUGCGUGACAACAGCUGGUCUGCUCCCCUCUGUUUCCCUGCACCUGUUUGGGGCCUAAGAGAGGGGGCAGAUGGCUAAAGCCUAGUGCCCUUCCAGCCCAGGGUGGAAGGAUGCCUGGGGGCAGGUGCUGGUGGACAAACAGACACUUAACUACUCACAUCUGCUCCUGUCUCACUGUCCCUUUCUCUGGUUGUCAGGAACCCUGCAACAACUGCCAAAAGUUAGGAGUCAACACCAAAAACUGCCCAAUUCUUUCCCACUUGGCCUGGUUUUAUUUUAAUUGAUGGAGGAGUCCUUGCCCCAGGUAUAGCCAUUAGACUGGGAUGUGGAGACUGGUGGGGUGGGGUGGACUUGAACCUUGCCAGGUCUCAGCCCCGAAAAGCCUCCCCCAGACAGUCACAUGCUCCAGGGUACAGACCAUUGGCAAAGCAACCGGCUGCCAGAGUAUGGCCUGGGGUGCAGCUCAGAGCUGGGUUAGGGUGGGGGGUGAACAGGAAGAUGCUAACCCCAUCCAGCUACCCCCAGUAACCCAGCUAUCCCUGGCUUUGUAGGAGCAGCUGUCACCCACCUCCCAAAAGGGUCAGGAGGACCCGAGCCACCCUAGGACAGCCCCCCUGCUGCGAUGUGCACACUCAGACACCUCCCUGCAUACCCUGCACCUCCUCCCUCUGACGACUCAGAUACCGGCAUGCGCACCCCAGGCGCUGCCCGCCCUCCUGCCCCCUUUCCGGGAAGUUCUGGGUGUCCGGGUCGGCUCUCCCCUGCCCCACCAACUGGGGCGGCGGCUCCUGUGACCCAGAUGUGCGGAGCCCGGGAGGAGACAACCGCGGUGCUGGGGGGGGGGGCUCCUCAACCCAUCACCCCCACCGGCCACACUCUUUCAAGUCGCUGCCCUCGAGGUCCCCGCCCCAGAGCGGAACAGCUGUGCCCCGUUCCCGGCCCCAGCCACUCUCCCAGCUGUCUUUCGGGUGGGGCCGGGCAGCUGGGGAACAGCUGCAAGACUCGG